UUUUUAAAUGCAACAGUUUCUUGAUAUUAACUCCAAACUUACAAUCCCUGUAAUCCAUUUUUUCUCUCCUUCUUCUUCUUCUUCUUCUUAUUAUUAUUAUCAUUAUAUAUAUAUAUAUAUAAUAACACCCCGAACCCCUCAAUUCCCUUCUUCCAUUAUCCUAAACCACAGUCUUCUUCUUCUUCUUCCCUUUCAUUCAAUAAUCAUAUGGCUGAUCAUGAUUUCACUUCCUCUUUCCCUCUUGAAGAUCCAAAUUUAGAACUCAUGGCUUCUCAUUUUUCUCCUUCAAUUCCCAAUUUCACUCACUUUUUGCCAUUCUCCACCACUAAUACAGAAAUAUUUUCACAAUUUAUUCCACCAAAUUUCCCAGAAAAUAAUGCUACUUCGUCUUUUACUACUUCCCCUGUUUUGCCUUCUCACUCUGUUUUCGGCCCACCUGCUCCUACUCCCUCCGUUUCUACUACUACUCAUCACUUCCAUGAUAUCAAUAACCACAAGAGAAAAUCUAUGCCUAUGGAUGUUUCCGAAAGUACUUCUGGAAUUUCCACUCCUCAAGUUUCUGAAUCUGGGUUCAACACUAAAUAUAGCUCUGGGAAAGGGAAGAGGUUGAAAAGCUUAGAGAAAGAAGAGGAGAAAUCAACUAGAGAAGUGGUUCAUGUUAGAGCUAGAAGAGGCCAAGCCACUGAUAGCCACAGUUUAGCUGAAAGGGUGAGAAGAGGAAAAAUCAAUGAAAGACUAAGAUGCUUGAAAGACAUUGUCCCAGGAUGCUACAAGACCAUGGGCAUGGCAGUAAUGUUGGAUGAGAUAAUUAAUUAUGUCCAGUCUCUACAGAAUCAAGUGGAGUUCCUAUCCAUGAAACUUGCUGCAGCUAGCUCUUUCUAUGACUUCAACUCAGAGGCAGAUGCCAUAUCAAAAUUACAAAGGGCAAAGGCACAUGAAGCAAAAGAAUUGGAGAGAUUGAUGAAGGAAGGAUAUGGAGGAAUAGCUUGCUUCCACUCAAAUUUGCCCCUUUGACUUUUUUAUUUCUAAAAUGUCAACUUCUCAUUCCCCAAAACAAACACUAGAAGGAGGAAAAAAAAAAAUCUUCCAUUUCAAUUUGUUUUUCUUUCCCUUUUUUUUCUCUUCAGAUUUUAUACAUAAAUUUGGUCCUCAAUUAAUGAUAUUGUACUCAAUACAAUGGAAAACUUAUACUUUUGAAAGAAAAA